AUGUUGUCCAACAUUGCCACCGAGUAUAAGCUCAAUUCCCCAGAGGAUUGGGACGAUUGGCAAAACGAACUUCUCAAUCGGGCCAGAGCCAAUGAUCUUCUUCCCAUUCUCCAGGGAACUAAGAGACCAAUCAAGAAACCUAUGCAGCUCAAGGAACGCGUCAGAACUCUACUCAAUCAACCCAAACCACCGCGACUGAAGAUACAACUGAUGAUCGCACUAAAUAAAGGGCAAGAAAUGACUUCAAUCUACAUCUCAAUAACUACAAAAUGGAGUUCAGUGAGUGGGAGGUUCAGCGUAGAGACAUCAACAAAAUCUUUAAAUGGAUGA